UGUCUUUAUUAGUUUAACAUUUUCAAAAUUUAAAAAAACUUAUCAUCAUAGGCUCGGGCUAUUUUGUAUUUAGGUAAAAGUUAGGUGUGUUUAUUCUCUCGAUAGUUUUCACAGUGAGCCAAUACGCUGAUAGUUUUGUAAAACAUUUAGGAAGUUAAAUAGUGGAACAAAACAUGUCAUCAAUUAAAAUUAUUUGGGAUGUUGGCGCCCCCUCGAGGCCUAUCCUGCUCAGUGCAUGUGUAAAUGCAGAUUGGUAAUCCAUUUGUCUCCCCUUACGCAGUCAGUCAAUGAUUAUCGAUUCCAGGAUCACUGAUUCAAAGUUCAAUACAUAAACACAUGCAGAGAAGAUGACCCAAACAGGUGCAUCAUGUUUCUGAAAACAUUUUCCUGCAGAGUUUUGGGCUCCUUUCCUCGCUGUGGUGUCAUUUUUCCAAGGAAUCCGCUCGGUGCGCGAUAUGCGGCUCUGGGACAAUGCUCCGAGCGGGCCUACUACAACAGACCUGGGUGUUCUGGAUCGGGCGGGGCGGCCCACGUUCGGGUGGUGGAUCUCCGCAGCGACACGGUGACCAAGCCGGGACCGGCCAUGCGCCAGGCUAUGGCGGAGGCCGAGGUCGGAGACGAUGUGAUGGGGGAGGAUCCGACAGUUAACGAGCUUCAGAAAAUUGCAGCAGAAAUGUUUGGGAUGGAGGCCUCCCUGUUCGUCCCCUCUGGAACCAUGAGUAAUCUCAUUGCAGUGAUGGUGCACUGCAGGGAGCGUGGCGACGAGAUGAUUGUGGGGGAUCUGUCCCACCUGCACAUCUAUGAGCAGGGAGGUAGUGCUCAGCUGGCUGGUGUCCACGCUACCACUGUCACCACUCGUCCUGAUGGGACAUUUAACUUGAUGCAGCUGGAAGCGAAGAUUCGCCACGGUUACCCGGACCCCCAUUACCCACGCACUCGCCUCAUUUGUGUGGAGAACACGCACAACAUCCAGGGAGGACGAGUGCUGCCUCUGCCAUUCCUGCAGGAGGUUCGUGCAUUAGCAGAUCGUUAUGGAUUGUCAGUUCACUUGGAUGGCGCGAGGGUGAUGAACGCCGCCGUGGCCCUCAAUGUGCCUCCAUCCACCAUAGUGCAGCACACGCACACAGUCAGUGUGUGCCUCUCCAAGGGUUUGGGCUCCCCGGUAGGUACCUUGCUUGCCGGACCUCAGGACUUCAUAUCCAGAGCGGUGCGUUGUCGUAAAGCCUUGGGUGGCGGAAUGCGGCAGGCUGGUGUUCUUGCAGCAGCUGGAAAACUCUCUUUGCAGCAGAUGGUAGGAAGGCUUGGGGAAGAUCACCACAAUGCCAGGACUUUUGCUCUUGCUCUGCUUGACUGUGAGCCCUCCCUGUUUGUCGUGGACAUGUCUGCCGUGGAGACAAACAUCCUGCGUUUCAGAAUUAAGGAUUCUGCUUUGAGUCCCCAGGAGUUCUGUGCCCGCAUGGGUCAGGUCGGGGUCGGGGAAGAGGCAGCUCUGGGGCAGGGUGUACAGGUCCUCAUGUAUCCUCAUCAUGAGAACUCCAUCAGGGCUGUGUGGCACCUUGGAAUAUCCCCUGAAGACACCCAGCUGGCUAUCAAGAAGAUGCAGUUUGUUGCUGCUCAGCUCUUGAACGAACAAGUCAAGGCCCAAUAGAACCAGACUGGUUCUCUUAUAACAGGGACUACAGAAAUAUUUAUUGGCAAGGACUCCUGUGUGUCCAGCAAAUACAAGUCGAAGGUCUUUAGAUGCUGACGUUUAAUUAAAUUCGGUGUAACAGCUUGUUAAAAAAUUUUUCAUUAACUAUGACCUUCAGCCUCUUCUUUUUUUAAAUUUUGAAAUAUUAAGUUAAGCAAUCAAUUUAUUAUUAUUAACAUAGAAAAUAGGCAAUGGGAGGAGGCCCAGGGGACGGCCCAGGGGACGCUGGAGGGACUAUGUCUCUCACCUGGCCUGGGCUCCCCAGAGGAGCUGGAGGAGGUGUCUGGGGAGAGGGAAAGUCUGGGCAGUCGGGUCCGGAUAAAGGGGGAGACGAUGUGUUGCAACGACGACAAGAUAGAAAAUUUUUUCUUUAUGACUACAAAAAAUAUACAUGCAUAAAGAUUUAUCAGUAAAAAGGAAAUAUUUUCAUUCCUACAGUAAAGCAGUAAAAGAGAUUUUUACAUUUUAUUGGCAUAAAUGUUCAAAAUACAGCCACUAGCAUUUUAAGGGUUAAAAUAUAUAAAUAUCAUAUAAAUAAAAAUAUUACAAACUAGUUUUGGCAAAACCACAUUCUCCUACUAUGUUGCUCUUGUACAAACCUGACUUCCUAUGGCUUUCUUUCAUUAAUUGCUUUCUUUGUGAAAUUCUUCCACAAGAGUCAAAUUUGCUGGGUUCCUUGGUCUUAAUUAUGCUGUUUGUUUGCUUAUGUUGUCUAAAAAAUAUCUAAAGCCUUUUUGGAAAAGCUGUGUUUAUAGUAAGAUAAAAUUACACAAAGCUGCCUAUUAACAUGAAACAUUUCCCUCCCACUUCCCAAUUAAACCAAUAAAAUGCAUUAAAGUUUGUGGUUGUAAAAUGACAAAA